AUGCAGCCGCCUGGCCUGGCCUGGGAUGCCUGGGAUGCACACAUUGUGCGGUCAUGUGCCUUCAUGUUGGAAGAAGAAUCCACAUCUAGAAGUCCGCCGUGGUUCACACCACUCAACUUCGUGAGUCUCAGUAGCCAGGAAGCACCCGUCACUGCGGAUCACUUUUGCAUCGGUUCAUGCGAAUCAUCAUGA